UCAGUAAAGAAUGGAAAAUGCAUCCUCGGUGACAUCAGUGAUACUGACUGCCUUUUAUGAAAUGGAAGACCUGAAAUACUUCUACUUUGCUAUUUUCCUUCUUGUGUACUUUGCCAUCAUUGCUGAAAAUGUCAUUCUUAUUGUGGUCAUUUAUGUUCAUAGAGCUCUGCAUGAACCGAUGUAUGUCUUUGUCUGUAAUUUGGCACUUAAUGAAUUGUAUGGCAGCAUGGCUUUGCUGCCUCCCAUUAUGAGUAACUUAGUGUCAGAAACUCAUGAAGUAUCUCUGCCAUGCUGUCAAGCACAGACCUAUUGCUUGCACACAUAUGCAAUAACUGAAUUUACCAUUUUAGCAGUGAUGGGCUACGACAGGUACGUUGCCAUAUGUCACCCCCUGCAGUAUCACAGCAUCAUGUCUGUCUCAAAUGUUUAUAAGUGUGUUGUAUUAUCCUGGCUACUUCCCAUUAUUGCAUUCGGAAUGUUUUUUGUUCAAACUCUGAACUUGAUACUUUGUGGGAAAAUAAUGGAGAGGGUCUAUUGCUCCAACUAUUCCCUGGUUAAGCUCUCCUGCACAGAUACAACCAUUUCAAACAUCCUUGGAUUGUUUUCACUCUUUGUGUACACUCUUCCACAGAUUAUUAUUAUACUUUACUCAUACGUGCAUAUUCUUAGGGUCUGCUUUCACUCUAAAGAAUCACGAAUGAAAGCAGUGAAAACGUGUAGUCCACACCUGUUGGCCAUCUUUAACUAUUCUAUCGGCUGUUUCUUUGAAAUGAGCCAAAGCAGGCUGAACAUGAGCCAUGUGCACUACGGAGCUCGUAUUUUCAUGUCCCUGUACUUUCUGAUCUUUCCUCCCAUACUAAACCCUGCCAUGUAUGGGAUGAGCAUUCAAGCCGUGAGAGUUCGGAUUUUUAAACUGGUCAAAAUCGAAAAAAGCGAAAAUAGCUCCAGUUUCACAUGAGGUAAAGAUCUAAUCAUUAUUGAGCCCUCCACAUUUUUAACUUUAUUUUAAAAACAAGUUGCUAUUUCUUUUUUGUAUUUACAUUCGUUUUGUUUGCAUUGCAAGCUGCUCUGGGCUAGAAUGUAUAUUAAAUUAUGCUGCUGUAAUAUUUUGAAUUUCAGGAUAUUUAGGAACACUUUAACUUCAUGAUUUAUUUAAUUUUAUGGUUUUGCAUAUUACUUUUAGACAUUAGAGGAUACGAAUUGACUGUUUGGCUAUUGUCAAUUGUUGCUUGUUAUGGAUUUUUUUUAUUUAGAAUGUUUUUAUCAUUGAUUUUAACAUUGUAUAAUACUGGAUGAACUGACCUUUUCGAUCAUUACGAAUUAUGUGGCCCAUGGAUGGUUUUGACCCUACAAGACUGCAUAGAACAUUUAUGCCAGCAGCAGGUUCUGAGAGUGUUCCUGUUGUGCUUCAGAUGUGGAGCGGUGGAUUAUCAAUGACAGAAAAUAAAAACAUUUUU